AUGACUGAAGAACGAUUUGUUAAAGAACAAAUCAAAAGGAGGUUCGUGCAAACGCAACAGGAUUCUUUGUACACAUUGUACGAAUUGAUGCCUGUGAUGACGCUUGUGCUAGCAAAAGACUUUGAUUUGGACUCAUUGGUGGAAGCGUUGAAGGGUAAGAAACUCGAGAAGAAGCUCUCAAAAGGCGGGAAAGUUUCCGGAGAAGAGUACGCUGAGGGGCUCAGUUCUGGGAUGAGCGCUACGACCGAGGUCCAGAACAAUGGUUCUUCUUCGGUUCAAACUGACGUUCAAUCCCAGGCCGGAUUACCAGCGCAAAAGUCCAAGGCAGAGCUCUGGAACGAAUUGAAGUUGAAGUCCAUCACCAAGGUCAUUGUGCUUUCAUACACGGCGUCCCUCCUAAUGCUUUUGACUCGCUUGCAGUUGAACAUCCUCGCAAGACGGGAGUACCUGGACACAGCCAUCAACAAUGCAUUGGAAAAGGAGAGGGAAAAGAACGCUAACCAGUACUCUGUAAUUUCGUGGUUUUCCAACUGGAUUUCGCCAGCAGCAGCAUCAGCAGCAUCAGCAGCAACCAGCGAUAAGAUAAAUAACAAGGACGUUUCGAAUGCAGACAAUGCCAGCAUCGUCACAAACUCGACCACUCAUACCACUGCCAACCCUGAAAAAUUGAGGUACGUCAACGAACAGGCGUUUUUAUCGCUCUCAUGGUGGUUGUUGAACCGGGGGUACCUCCAGUACAAGGGCAUCAUCGAACAGCUAGUGAAAGAAGAGUUCGAGCACUUGAACCCUCGAGAUACCAUCACGAUGGACGAGUUCAGUGAUAAGCUAAGCAAGAUCUUUGUAGCCACGAACAAGCAGUUCUUCCAACAGCAACAAUCGAACGAGAUGUUCAUCUCGUGUCUCUUGCCAGAACCCAAUUUGGAACGUUUCGUGCUCCAGCAAACUUUGGAGCCAGACGCCUUGAAAGUGCUAUACGAGGAUAAUCUACUACUCAAACAGCUUGUUCAAGAGACGAACAAGUGCUUAGAGUCUCCCGGGACGUGGAUCGUCCUGGAGUCCUUGAUCGACGAAACAUUCCACUGUAUCAUGGAACAGAUCGAGACAAACGUAGCUUCCAAGGCCAAAACUACACCACCAUCUACCAGUACCCCUGGAGAAUCCCUACCAACUCCACAAGAGGAGAAUAAAGCUUACCAGAUCGCCCUUUUUGCAAUUGCUACUAAAGAUUGCACCAACGAAAUGCUCAAGGCAGGCCUAGUCUCGAUGAACAACACAUUUUUGCAAAAACUCCAUUCAAUACCAGCACUCGACGACCUAAGUGCGUGUGUAUACAGCAACUUUGGGCUCUAA